GCGAUGGUGACGAUGGUUAGGCUCAGGAUUUAGUUAGGAAGGGGAAAAGGUUGAUGGUAGGGAUGGGUGCACGUUGGCAGUCAUGCAGGGUGCGUUACCGUCGAUAGAACGCGGCUUCGUUCGGACGAUCAGUUGCUCUCCGACCGCUGCGGUGGAAUGUUGUCGGUUCAGGAAGAACAAACCUCGCGUCGGUGAAACAAUGCGAUCGUAAUAACUUUAGUUUAAAAUAAAUUUAGUUUUUAGGAAGAGUCAAGUGAACGAAAUUUUAUUUUUAGUUGUGUGAUCAAAGUGUUUCGAACUAAUGAGUGUGAUUUUGUAGUGUGACUUUCAAACAACAAGUUUUUAUUGUGUCUUUCUUUGUGGACACGCAUUUGAAAAGAGAACGAGUCUUCGAGUAUGCGCGCGUGACGAUAUACACUGGGGGAUUAAGAAAGAAGAAUACUUUUCGUAUAAAAUCGUCCGUCAGAAAUCUGUCGAAAGAUCCUCUCGAUUAGAUCUCGACUAGAUCUCGAGAAUGGAGACUAAGUUGUUACGUUCGGUGCUUGGGUUGGGUCUUUUGUGUUGGCUCCUGGGAACGAAGGAGCGUUCGGUGAUUUUGGUCGACGGUAGGAGCAUCACCAGUUUGGAAGCACCGACCGGUUGCGAGUGGCGUCGAGAAGAAAAUGAAGAAGCCGGCGAAGAGGAGAGAACGUUGGCUUGCAACGUUAGAACUAUCGCUAACGUGGCCGGUCUUCUAGGAAAUCUUUCAAGUAUUCAAAUUGAUUCCAUAACUUCUUUGGGAUUGGAAUGCAGCGAUGUACUAUUCUUCGAGAGCCAAUUGGAGGGAUCCCGUGGUUUUCUUCCACCACUGCCAAGAUUGGAAAAACUUCGGGUGGAUUAUUGCAAAAUUCGUUACUUGCCGGCUGGUGCGUUUGCAUCCGCGCAAAAUCUUCGCGGCCUUUCCGUUCGCACUCACAACGGGGACUGGUCAGCUAUGACCUUGGAACUGGAUCGAGACGCCUUUCUCGGUCUGGCCGAUCUCGAGGAGCUCGAUCUCGGCGAUAACAAUCUUUGGACGCUACCGGCCGAACUUUUCUGUCCCGUGGCCAGUUUGUCGCGGUUGAAUCUGACGCGCAACAAGUUACAGGAUGCCACAGCUCUUGGUUUCGCCGAUCGCUUGCAUUCCUGCACGCCGAAUCUUCAAAGUUUGGAUUUGAGCGGCAACGAUCUCGGUGCGUUGCCCGAUCGCACGCUAGCCGGUUUGCCAUCCUUGACCGUUCUCAAGUUGCAAGAGAACGCUAUUUCCGCCGUGGGCGAUCACGCCUUGGCCGGUCUUCCUAAUUUGAGAUCGUUGAACAUUUCGAGCAACAAACUCGUCGCACUGCCACCGGAAUUGUUCGCCAAAACCAAGGAACUUCGGGAGCUCAUUUUGAGUAACAAUUCGUUGUCGGUGCUCGCGCCCGGUCUUUUGGACGCUCUUGAGGAAUUGCAAUUACUCGAUUUGAGCGGAAACGAACUGAACAGUCGUUGGGUCAAUCGGGAUACAUUUUCUCGACUUGGCAAUUUGCUUGUCUUGGAUCUUUCCUUCAAUACCUUGACGAAAAUCGAUUCUCGUGUAUUCGAAGGACUCUACAAUCUGCAGAUAUUGAAACUCGAGCACAACGAAAUUGAUAUGCUCUUGGAUGGAUGUUUCGCAUCUUUGACGAAUCUUCACACGUUGACGCUCUCCCAAAAUAAGAUAACACGAUUCGACCCCAGUCACGCGCACGGUCUCACCGCAUUGGAACAACUCUUCUUGGAUGGCAACAGAUUGCGAGCUUUGCAUCGGCGUGUAUUCGCCAACUUGACCGAACUCAAGGACUUGUCGCUCAGUGGUAAUUCCUUGACGGAGAUACCAUACGCCGUACGAGUUCUACACUCACUGAAAACCUUGGAUCUUGGUAACAAUCACGUGUCUAGGAUUGACAACGAAUCAUUCGCUGGAUUGAACGAGCUUUAUGGAUUACGUUUGGUCGACAACAAACUGGAGAACGUGUCUCGCGAGGCAUUCUCAACGUUGCCAGCAUUGCAGGUGCUCAAUCUUGCAAACAAUUUCAUUCGUCACGUCGAACAGAGCGCGUUUGCGAAGAAUCCCGUAUUGAGAGCCAUACGUUUGGAUGGGAAUCGAUUGACGGAGAUACGCGGUGCCUUUACCAGCCUUUCCACUUUGGUUUGGUUAAACGUUUCGGACAACAAGUUGUUAUGGUUCGACUAUAGUUAUUUACCAUCGAGCAUCGAGUGGUUGGACAUACACGCUAAUCAAAUAAGCGAACUUGGCAAUUAUUACAUGGUACGGAACGCUCUCAAUAUCAAAAUGCUCGACGCAAGUUUCAAUCUCGUAACCGAAAUAUCUGAAGCGAACGUUCCCGACAGCGUGGAGACUUUGUUCCUCAACAACAAUCGCAUAAGAACCGUCGCGGCUGGAACAUUUUUACGAAAGACUAAUCUUCAGAAGGUAGUGUUGUAUGGAAAUGAAAUAAAAAAUAUCGAAGUGGCAGCGUUGAGCUUGCAAUCGGUCCCGGAGGACAGGGAAAUGCCGAUCUUUUACAUAGGCAACAAUCCCAUACUCUGUGAUUGUACGAUGGAGUGGCUGCCGCGAAUAAAUGAGUUAGCUCGUUUGCGUCAACACCCGCGGGUACUCGAUCUCGAUUCCGUCAGUUGCGAAAUGGUGCACGCGCGCGCGACACCUCGCAGACCUUUACUGUCGUUGAAAUCGAAAGACUUUCUUUGCCGAUACGAGGCGCAUUGUUUCGCGUUAUGUCAUUGUUGCGAUUUCGACGCGUGCGACUGCGAAAUGACGUGUCCCGACAACUGUUCCUGUUAUCACGAUCACAGUUGGUCCAGCAACGUAGUGGAUUGUUCUAACGCCGGUUACAAACGCGUACCCGAACGCAUUCCAAUGGACGCGACAGAAAUUUAUUUGGACGGCAACGAGUUGGGUGACCUAGGCAGUCACGUUUUCAUCGGCAAACGACGUUUGGAGGUUUUGUAUUUGAACAACAGCGGGAUCGCUGCCAUUCACAAUCGCACGUUCAAUGGAGUCAACGCGUUGCGAGUUUUACACCUGGAGGACAAUUCGUUGCGAGAGCUGCGCGGCUUCGAGUUCGAUCAAUUGGAACGCAUGUCCGAACUUUAUCUCGAUCACAAUGCGAUCGCAACCGUGGGCAAUUCUACGUUCAAACGAAUGAAAAAUUUGGAAGUGCUGCGUUUGGACGGCAAUCGAAUCGUUGAUUUUCGUCCGUGGGAAGCCCUGCCCAGUGUUGGCGACGGUACCAAGGUUGCUCUCGAAGGCAACGCUUGGAGCUGCGAAUGCACCAACGCAGCGAGACUUCGUUCCUGGCUCGCCGAACACCGUGGUGAUCCCGAGAAGAUGUAUUGUCGAGAUGGCGUCGAGACCUUGGCCCAAGCCAUGAAGAGAUGCGGUGAUCCGUCGACAGAAGCGGUCAGCCGCGGGAUUCAAGAGAUUCCUCUGUUAGGUGGAAACUUUGUGCCACUCUUAGCCGGUGCUUUGGUGGCCGUGAUAGCGGUCUGCUUGUUCGUUGCCUUGGCGUUUGCCUUCCGCCAAGAUGUCAGACUUUGGGCACACGCGCGUUACGGUCUGAGAUUAGGCAAAAUGGCUAGCGUACCUGAUGAAGAACGUGACAGACUUUACGAUGGUUACAUCGUUUACAGCGAACGCGACGAAGAUUUCGUGUCACGAUUCCUAGCCGCCGAACUGGAAGCCUCCGGUCUAACCCUUUGCCUUCACUGGCGUGAUUUACCUCCCUCGAGAACUCAGGAAACGGUGCCGUCCGCGGCAGCCGCUGCCAGGCGCCUCCUCGUCGUCCUUUCGCCGAUUUUCCUCGCGAACGAGUGGCAACGCGUCGAAUUUCGUGCCGCUUUGCGUACGGCUUUGGAAAACAUCAGGCCUAGUUCGCGAAAGAGUCGAGUGGUCGUUUUGCUCGCCGCCGAGGCACCCACUCGGGAUCCGGAACUUCAAUUGUUGCUGACCAGUUGCACCGUCGUCGUAUGGGGCGAAAAAAGGUUUUGGGAAAAACUCAGGUUCGCCAUGCCCGAUUCUUUGGAUAAGAGGCGUCGCGACGCUGGCAAAAGGUCGAAGGAUCGUUCGAAGAAUCGGCGAGUGCCUGCGAGAUACACGCCGGCGCCAACUUCCGCUGCCGUAGACGUCUGGAGCAACGGCAACGCUGUCAAACCCGGGGUCCUCCUAGCGCCGGUUCACACCGCACCCACGCCGACGCCCACGCAAUCGACUUACGUCAGCUCGGCCUCGAGCAGGACCGAGGACGAAGACAGCGGUGCCGAGCAUCAGAACAACCAUCACCCUCCUCAUCACCAUCAUCACCAUCAUCAUCAACAACAGCAACAUCCGCACAACAACUCGGCUCCUCCCAAUGGGAGACCUACCAGCGUUUCAUCCAGAGGCAGCCAUCUUUACAGUACCAUACCGGAACCCCCGGUCGUCGUGGUACCUUCCGCGCCACCCGGUGAUACCUCUAACAAUCCGCGUACUUAUUUCGUCUAGUACCAACACAAGAGAUGAGGUAUUUUUUCUUCCAUUACGACGUAGAUUUCUGAUCUACAAAACGGGGAGAAAUAUUUUGCCGUGGAGGAUCGGAUCGCGCUGGAUACGCGCCAAUUCUUCCAAUUCGUCGACUAUACCUGUGUGUGCCCUUUUUUUUAUUAUAUUUACCAUUGGGAAUAGGCCCCUUUUUUAUGUUGGCUCUCUUACAAACAAGAAAAACCACAUUCUUUUUUUGCUCUUCAUUAUAUUUCUUUCAUCUUUCGAGAUUUCGCUUUUUCUUAUUAAAAGA